CGUUACAAAGAUUAGCUGGGAACAAAGCGCUGAAUCCAGACAACGCUAGUUCGCCAGUCAACCGUGCAAGCAAGCGCAAGUCAGAACGUCGUCUGUUGGGGAUUUUGAAUUGUUUAAAUAGUGAUUUACUUUGUAUUCGGGACCCAGCUCAAUAGUAAAGUAGAUAAGGCGAUUUGACGUUGCUGGCAUAUCGGUCGCCAGUAACAGCGAAGUGAUGGCAGAGCGCGAGCAAUCGCGCGGCGGAGGCCAAGAAGGCUUGGAGGACAUCCUCCAACAGCGGGACGAAGGAGGACACCAGAAUGGCGGAGCACCUAGUUACCCGGAGGGGGCCGAUGCGGAGGGCCUGGCCAUUGGCGGGCCCGCGCCUGGCAAGGCGACCGCCACCAGCAACUUCAUGACGCAGUUUCAGAAGAAGGUCUUGGACAAGAUCCUGCGACCGUCGACUAUCACUGCAGACCACGGUGCUGUGGCAGCCGCAGUGGGAGCUGAGGCAGUCGAUACUGCGGCUAACGACGGUGAUGGUGCAGCAGCGAGAGCAGCCGCUGGGGACCACGAACAGGCGGUGGGUGGUGGAGAGGCUGCUGCCAUGGGCACGCAUGCCGUGGAUGGUGGCACGGGUGGCGGCCGCACAGCAGGCGUCGCAGCAGCAGCAACCGCAGGGGGGGACACCGGCACGGGUCCCAGGCAGGGCGAGGCGGGCGUUGCCCAGGACGAGGAUACCACCAACUAUGAUGCGUUCAAGGAGUGGGUCGGCGAGGUGCCAAGAGCGGCUAAGGGCGCAGCUGGCAAGCGCAGGCGGGGUGGCGGUGAUGACGACGACCUGGGUGCGAGGUCGGGGUGCAAGGUUGGAAAUAAACGGCAGAAGGGGAACAAGGGCGCAGGCCGGGGCAGGGGUGCAAGCAAGGGGACCACCAGAGCAGCUGACCGCUGA